AUGGAAUUAAUGGAAGCUUUAAAGGAAGGGGAUCAUGAUUCAUAUAACAACUCGGAUGAACUUAUACAAGAAUGUUUUGAAAAAAUAGAAAGUUAUCUAAAAUCUGCAGAUUUAAAAAGAUUUGAAUUUUCGCAAUUCAGUGACCUUAAACCAAUCGAUAAUGGAGGGAAUGCAGUCGUAUUUUCAGCAAAUUUCCAAAACAAAAAGUAUGCUUUAAAAAGUCUUAAUAAUAAUUUAUUUGUGGACGAUAGAAGAUUUAAAGACAUUAAACGUGAGAAAUUAGCAGAUGAAAAAACAAUUGAAUUCAUAACAAAUGUGAUUAAUGGUGACCCAGAACAGUCACCUGUAGACCUCAUUGUGCCAAAUACUCCAUACCAUUUAGUAAGGAAAGAAGUUGAUAAUGAUCAAAUAAUAAAGUAUGAUGAACUGACAUAUGGACAUGGAGAAUUCGGUGAAAUGCGAAGGGAAGGCGGUCGUGUGAGGUUAAAAUUGUUAGACAAUUUCGAGAUACAAGAUGAUGACUGUGCUGAUUAUAUUAAACGGUUAAAACUUGAGCUCACAACAUUUGAACAUGAGAAUGUGCUUAAAACUUUCGGCCUUACAUUCGAUGGAAAUAGUAAUUAUUAUUUUGUACACGAAUACACCAAUGGCGGUGACUUACGUUAUUAUCUAAAGCAAAAACAUUUACUGCAAUGGGGAGAUAAAUUUGAGAUAACACGCCAUGUGGUCAAUGGUCUAAAAUUUCUCCAUGAUCAGGGUCUUGCCCAUGCCGAAUUGCAACCAUGUAAUAUCCUUGUGCACGACGGAAUUCCGAAACUAGCAAACCUUGGGAUAUCUAAAAUUUAUUCAAAUUAUAAUAUUGUGCAUUCAAAGUAUAGUCCUCCUGAAUUCUUGCAAAAAAAAGCGCAUAAUGGUAUUGAACCUUUCUGCAGUAAUUAUAAUAUCGUAGAAGAAACACCCUUUAAAUUUAAAAACUUAUAUCGAAAAUGUUGGGAUAACAAUCCUGACAAAAGACCUGAUUGUUCAAAAAUUCUUGAGGAAUUAAAACAUAUUGAACAAACAUUUAAUGAAAAUUAUAACCUUAACAAAAAUAAUGAAUUGGAUACUGAAAAACAAAGAAAGUUAAAAAUCGAUUUUGUUAAUUACUUUAACUUAAACAAAGGAAGAAAUUGCGUUGCAUAUGAUUUUGUUCCUGGCACAAAGAAAAUACUUAGCGAUAAUGGAUACUUAAAAAUAAAUAAAUUGAAUAAGUCAGAUCCAAUUAUCUGUUUUCCAGAAAAAGGGGGACAAAAUACAAUCCCUUGGACAAUUUUAGACAAUAUGAAUUUAUUUAAAAAUUCAGAUGACAAAAAUGGCUUAUUAGUUCAUGAAUGCGAUGAUAUAAGGAUACAUAUUCCAAUAGUUACUGUACAGUAUCGGGGAAGUGUAGCAGAGCAAUUUUCUCAUGAUAUUGUAAAUGCUCUUGAUUGUCCAGAUGAUAAUGAGAGAAAAGAGAGGUUGAAAAAGGUAUUUAAUGAAUGGGGUAACUUUAUAGUUACUGAUGUCACCAUUGGUGGAGCCAUCAUGAUAAAAAAAUGGUCAGAAAUUGGUUACAUGAAACAAUCACGUCUGUUAACAUACAUUCAAUGGGGUAUUGACUAUGCAAAAGGCGGAGGAUCGAAAAUUUUUAGUGAAAUGCCACUUGAUGAAUUUCCUCAAUUUGAAAUUUCGAAAAAUAUAAAAACCAUCGGAGAUCUUUAUGAUUGGUUAAAAGGGUUGUAUGAUUAUCAAUAUGCAGAAAUAAUAUCAUAUGAAGAUUUUAAACCAUCUUAUGAAUUGCUACCAAAUGACUUGGUUGAACGAAUAUUUCAAUGUUUUUCAUCCCAACCCGUCGUUGAACCUAUUGUUAGGAUAAUUCCACAAAUACUAACCCAAUGUGAGCAACAAAAACUUUUAGAAUGGAUAAAAACAAAAAAAACAAGAUUGUUAUACAUGCGUGAUUGGGUUCAUGAUCUUUCAUUAGAGUAUGGUAUACUCCUACAACGCUCAAAAUUAGGACAUGGUGAUAAGAUCGGGUUUAAAUAUACAAAAGACCCUACAAUCACACCGAUUAACAAUACCAUUACAAUUCUAUUGUGUCAACCCAAAACUAAACAAGUAGCAUUUUCACUGGAUAAUGGCUUAAAGAGAGAAGAUGAAUUAAUAUUCAGUGAAAUUCCCUUUAUUAACAAUCAUACUUUAGAAUAUUUCCGAGAUUUAGAAAAUAAACCUUCUAAGACUGUUUAUUGUCAAAUCAUUUUUAAUGCAAUCAAAAUCUCUUUUAAAUCGAUUAUUAACCCGUCAGAAAAACUUUCUAAUGCGGUAGAUGAUGCUCUUAGAAGUGAUGAACCAUUUAAAAAUCUUUGUGAAUUAUUUAACAAUACCUAUGGACUUCUAAUUCCUGAAACCAUAACCUUAGGCAAAAAAUUGACUAGAACGUACGAUUCCUGCAAUAUUCCUAAAAACACUAUUGAAUUAUCUUCUUGUACUUUCUGA